UGCCGGUCAUGAUCACUCACUCACAGUUGGUUUCUCUGUCUCUGAAACCAAACGAAAGUGCACUCGCAAUAACCCGCAUUAGAACCUCCGCGGUGGUUUGAUGGUUUUAUGUUUCUGUCUUUGAGAUAACGUGAAUGCUGUCUAUGAGGAACCUGAUAAGAUAAUGGAGGAAGAAGUGAAUUAUGUGACAGUGGCUUUCAAGACUAAAGAUAUUUCUACAUAUGGGAAACAAAACAACCUGGAAAUAAUCUAUGAUGAUGUGGGGGCAUGGGAAACAAAUCCUGCCAUACCAGAAAAUGAAAAGAAAGCUCCACUGGGCACUCUGCUUCAUCUGGUGGCAGCAGGUUUGGGGAUUAUUUGUGUCAUCUUGGUGCUCGUCAUCAUCGCAGUCAGUGUCCACUUCAACACGGUCAUGUCAGAGCAGCACAGAGAAAACAUCAACUUAACAGCACAGAAUCUGCAGCUGUGGACAGAAAAGACCGACAUGGAGAGACAGACAGAAGAGCUCACCAGACAGAGAGACGGACUCAACUGGACCGUCGGAGUCAUCCUGGAAUACGAGUACUUCUCAGUGAAUACACACUGCCCACAGAAAGUGUGUAAACCUUGCCUGGACGGCUGGGUGCUGUUCCAGUCAAACUGUUACCUGUUUUGGACAGCUGAUUACUCUUAUUAUUGGAGGACUUGGCAGGGAAGCCGCGUUGAAUGCAGUCACAUGAAAGCAGAUCUGGUGGUGAUUGAAAGCCAGGAGGAACAGGAAUUCAUCAAUAACCACAUGAAAGACUACUCUGAUGACAAUCACGGCUAUUGGAUCGGCUUAAGCAAGACGGACACGUGGAAAUGGGUAGAUGGAAGCAACGUCACUCUGACGUACUGGAAAACACAACGACCUGGCUACAGAGGGUCUUGUGCUCUAAGUCAGCCACGAGCAGAUCCUCUGGCCAACUGGCAUAAGGCGAGCUGUGACAUGAAGAACCGCUGGAUCUGUGAAACAAGAGCUUUGAUCAAACCGGAUUAGGAAUCAGCUUAAUUAUCAAAAUUGGUUAUUUAACAUUUAAGAAAUAUGUCUAUCUACUAUUGUCAAAACUGAUUCUGUUUUUGUUUUUUUUAACUAAAGAUGUAAGCAGUGCACAUUGUUGUCUUUUUCUAAUUUAUUGCAAAUAUCCAUUUCUACAAAUGUUGCACCAUCACCUUUGAGUUAUA